AUGACGGAGCUCAGUCUCGUCGGCGCGACCGAGCUCGUCAUCGCACGCCGCCUGGAUCUCAAGGCUUUCACGUCCCUCAGAUGCCUCACCCUAGGUUAUAUCACGCCCGCGGAGUCCCCGUCCGAUUUCGUCUCCAUCCCUGAUUCAUUGCAGACCUUGAUCGUGCGCUGGUCCAACCGACGGCCCAAGCCGACGUACAGCAAGACCGGCUACUUCUUCCGCAGCAUUGAGGCGAUGUGUAACCACCUUCGCAACAGCGAGGAAAUGAGCAUCAGCAAACGUCAGGAGGCGCUCCUGUUUGUGGAAAUGUUUGACUUGUCUUCACUCGAAGCUAUCCUGCUCUGCCAAGAGCGCGAUGCCCGUCUCGUAUACGUAGAGCUAGACCAAGAGCGUGGCCCCGUUCUUCUGGAAUCCUUCAAGGAUGAUCAACCUCUUCAUUCGACGCUCAGCCUCGCGUUCCUACCUUUCAAGUGGGCAAUCGUACUCGUUUCAUGA